CCAAGCUGACCGAUGCCCCGGGGAGAGCAGCCCCCGGCCCGCCGCCACCGGAGGGCCCUACCGUGAGGGAGGGACAGGGGCGGCGGCCGGAGCGGGUAGGGGAGGAGUGAGGCAGAGGGCAGGGCCGGGAGUCGCCGCACCGCAGAGAGCCGGGGCAGCGCUCUUGCUGGCCCGACACCGCCGGAGCGGAGGGUCCCGCCGCCGCCGAGCCCGCUAUGUCCGGCCGCUCCGAACCGGCCGCCGCCGAGCCCGGUCGCCCCCACCACGCCGCGCCCAGCAACUUUGAAUCUCCGCUGAUGCAUGAAGUUCCAGAGCACCAAGGCAGCAGCACAAACAGUUCGGCAAGCAGUUUGGGAAGCUCUGUCACAGCAUGUAAGAAGAUUCUCUGCAGUAACAGUCUGCUAGAAUCAACAGACUACUGGCUGCAGAAUCAGAGGACACCAUGCCAAAUUGGCUUUCUGGAAGACAAGUCAGAAAGCAACUGUGCCUCAGUUUGUUUUGUGAAUUUGGAUGCAAACACAGAUGAUUGCAGCGAUGAGCAAGUGAAACAGCGGUUGAUCAGUGUCUCUCCAAAUCUCCCCAAACUCAUCAGUUCAAUGAAUGUACAGCCACCAAAGGAAAAUGAAAUAGUCCUGCUGAGUGGAUUAACAUCAGGAAACAUUCAGGCCGACUAUGAAGUUCCCCAGUGUCCUUGGCUGGCAGAUGUCUGCUUGGUUCAGUGUGCACGGGGGGACAGGAGAAACAGCACAAGCUGCAUCAUUUUUGAAAUAAACAAGUUUCUGAUUGGACUUGAGCUUGUUCAGGAGAGACAGCUGCAGGUAGAAGCUCAUGUCUUAAAGCCUGAGGAUGACACAAACUGCUCCGUGUCCUCAAUAGAAGAAGAUUUUCUCACAGCAUCUGAGCACCUAGAGGAUGACAACGAGGUUGAUGAAUGUAAAACGGGUCAUGAAAAGUUAAGUGUUUCAGAAGCAUCCUCAGAUGUCAAAAAAAGUAAAGGAAAGGGAUUUGAAAAUAGCCACUACAGAAAAACCAGGUUGCCAUCUAUUCUUGAAGGGAACUGCAUUAAUGAAGAUAAUGCAGCUACUGGAGUCUCUGAAGCUGUGACUGUUGUGCCUGAAGAUGCUGUCUUACAACCUGAAGAUAAGGCAGACCAGGAAACACUGUGGCAGAAGGAAUUAGCUGGAAGAGUUACUUCGUCCUUUAGUACUAAUAAUUUGACCAGUGAGGUUGAAAAUUCUAAUUCAGCACAGGUGUUGGAAGAUGUAUCUUUAACCAAAAUGGUUAAAGAGGAGCUAGGGUCUCUUUGUGACUCAACAGGAAAACACACCAGUAAGACAGAGGGAGAUGACUGUGCAGGUAUCAGGAAAACUGAUCCUCUCCCACAGGAUGAGCGGGCAACUACAGGUCAGUAUGCCACAAAUUUAGCAGAAUCUGUUCUACAAGAUGCAUUCAUUAGACUGUCACAGUCUCAACCCACUUUUAGUGAGGAGGCUGCCGUCAGCAUCUCCGUAGGAAGCUCCUGUAAGUCGGAAGACGCACCUGCUUCCCGAUCAUGGAAUGAACUUCCAAAGAUUGUCAUAGUGCAAAGUCCAGACAGUUCUGAGAAUAUGUCUGACUGGCCAGGGUCUGCCUUCCCCAGCCUGUGUCACUGGACUGAAUCAGAAAGUUCUGCUGAAGUUUCAGAUUACUUUGAGGAAGGACAUUCAAACGGACACAGCCAGAGUGCACUGGAAGUGGCUCUGGCUUGUGCAGCUAGUGUUAUUGGAACCAUUUCUAGUCCCCAAGCUGCAGAAAAAUUCAGAUGGGAUCAAGAAGCCACACAGCCUAACAGUGGAGCAGUUGAUAAUGAAGAACACACAGCAUCUUCACAGCUACUUGACUGUGCUGGCACAGAAUAUUCAUUUCCAUCUGCACUGUGUGGCAUGACUCAGGUAGCAAGUGCUGUAGCUGUUUGUGGUCUGGGGGAAACAAAGGAAGAGAAGUACCCUGCUACUUCGAGCGGACUUCUGUCUGCUGCUCAGACUUCUGCAGCCAUUACUCUACAUUGCAGCAUAGCUUUAGGAAGCAGCAUGGAGAAACUAAAUUAUAGCAUUGCAGAGGCACUUCUCAAAGAGGCGUCAAUAAUUUUGACAAAACCCAACAUAUACAAAAAUGUAGGGCAUUUUAUGGAAUCCAUAAAUGGAAAGAUUAUUGAAACAGCAGCAAGACCACAGAUUCCACACACUAAUGAAGUAAUCAGGGAUGAACUUGCACAAAACUUAUCCAAUAUUAUUCUACGACAUUCUAUGGAGGAGGCUAGGAAAAGGAGGCAGCUACACCCCUGUUCAGAAAACUGCUCAAGUACACAAGACAUGUUCAUGGAGACUGCAAAUGAGUUGCUUUUUAACGUAGUAUAUUUCACUUUCAAGAAGAUGAACAACAUAAGACAAAUUGAAGAGUGUUCUCCUCUCUUUUCCAGGGGGACAAAGACAGAGAAAGUAACAAGAGCAGAAGGAUGGUCAACACAAGCAAAAGAACAUGAAACUUCACACAGCCCCAUGGAUAGCUCUGCUGUUAAAACAUUUGGUACAUCCUACAGCACUAGUUCUAGCAAAGAUCUUGUAAAUGUCACAAAUACUAGGAAAAGUAAUAUGAAAGACGUAAAUAGCAAGGAAACUGCUCCACUAGAUUCAGAACCAACAAGUAGAGCUACAGGGCAUAAUGCACUUGUUGCAAAAACAUCUCCCAAGAAAAAAUACCUGAAAAGAACCACACGAGACUGUUACAAAUCCCCAAAUCAGAGUAAUAAUAAUCAUCAUAAGAAAGACUACAGAUCAUUUUCAGAUAGAGAAAAUACCUUUGCAAACAAUGAAUGCAAGCAUGGUGUUCAAGAACAGUUGUCUUCCAGUACUGUCAUGAAUGUAGAAAAACAGGCCAAGCAUAAGUCUAAUGCUGUGCUAAAUAAUGAUGUCCAGGUUAGCUUGUCUUUAUUAGGAAAUCAUGUCUUGCUUCCUUCACAGCCUGUGCUACAGGUGAAACAUUCAAGGGACAAAUAUUGUAUAACGGAUUUUGCAGAAGAAUUGGCAGAAACAGUUGUCUCUAUGGCAACAGAAAUAGCUGCCAUUUGUCUUGAAAAUUCAAACGGAAAGCAACCUUGGUUCUGUGCGUGGAAGAGGGGUAAUGAAUAUCUGGUGACCCAGAGUUUAUCUUGCAGAACCAUGAAAAGGAAAAAGGAAACCCAUGGUAAUGGUUCAGUUGUUCGGAAGAACAGGGCACCUAGACUUAGUGAGAUCAAAAGAAAAACAGAUGAGCAUCCUGAACUAAAGGAAAGAUUGAUGAAUCGGGUAGUAGAUGAAUCUAUAAGCCUUGAGGACACACCAGAUUCAGUCAAUAUCUUUGCUAAUGAAGUGGCUGCCAAGAUCAUGAACCUCACUGAGCUCUCCAUGGUUGAUGGCAUCUGGCAAGGUCCAAACCACCCCAGGAACAGGCUGCACUGUGAAAGAUGGAGCCGAGCCAAAGCCUCAAGCUGUGAGAGCAUACCUGAGGAGGACUCAGAUUCCAAAGCCUCUUUCAGUACCCUAGGCCUAAUGAAUGCCUUUGGCCAACCUGUCAGCCAGACAAGUUCUGUCUCAAAGCAAUCUAGUUGUGAAAGCAUUACAGAUGAAUUUUCAAGAUUUAUGGUGAACCAGAUGGAAAGUGAAGGAAGAGGUUUUGAUUUACUACUAGAUUACUAUGCAGGAAAAAAUGCAAACAACAUCUUAACUUCUGCUUUGCAACAGGUAGCCAAGAAAAAUGGCCAUCUUAAUGUGAGACCAAGUUGCCCAUCCAAACAGUCCAGCACAGAAAGCAUAACAGAAGAAUUUUAUAGGUAUAUGCUAAGAGAAAUAGAAAAAGAAAAUAAAGAUAACUUAUCUUCUCCUCGGAAUUCAAAAGACUGGUGUGGCAGUUUGCUAUCACCUUCUGUACGAUCACCUUUUUGCUUUAGGCAAUCAUCAAUGCCUGACAGCAGAUCAUCAGGUUCUAGACUAACAGUUAGUGUCCCAGUUAAGGCAAAUUCAUUAGAUGGAUUUGCCCACCAUCACCAAGAUUCCUUAAGUGUACAGACAGUUAAUACAGUGGCUUCCUCCAGUCUUUGCAAGUCUGACUCAUGCCUGUACCAAAGAUGCAAGACUGACCAGAUAACAGAUAUGUUGAUUCACGAUACGUGGGCAAGUUCUAUUGAAUCUCUAAUGCGCAAGAACAAAAUCAUAGCAGAUGAGGCAGAGGCAGACCAGUUUCACAGUGAUUCCCCACCACAUGUGGAACAAUAUGCAAACAGACUGGCUGCAAAUAUUGUUGAAAGUGGUAAAAAUUUAAUUGUUGUCCAGCAGGAUUCUUUUGAUUAUACAAGCCAAGAACGAGUGCUGGAAAGCAAACAUCCUCAAAGCACAACUCAGACUCAAUCAAAACCCAAAAGGGAUGGAGUAAAUUUUGAUGAGAAAAAACAGCAUAUGAAGAACCCUGGAUGCCUCCCUGCAAGUCAGCAUAGGGAAGUGCCUUUAAUUCAGAUAGAAACUGAUCAACGAGAUGAGCCAGAUAAAGGCUCAGAGUCCUUCAUUUCAUGUAGCCCUUCUGGAAAGGAGCAUCAAAGCAAAGAAAAGCCUCCAGAAGCUUUUGAUGGCAAACACACAGUUUCCAGUUCCCUACUAAAUAGCAGCAGUCCUCAGAGCAAACCAGAUGCUGAAAUCAUAGGAGAGACAAAAACAGCCGAAGAAUUUCCAGUCCACCUCAGCAGCAGUGAAGAAAGCACUGGCAGCUGGUCCCAGCUAGCUAACGAUGAGGACAAUCCUGACGACACAAGCAGCUACUUACAACUCAGCGAACCAUCCCUGAGCAAUGGUAACAGCAGUACUACUAGCAGCCUUGGCAUUAUGGACCUGGAAAUUUAUCAGGAGAACAUGCCAUCUUCUCCUACGAUUAAUGAAUUAAUAGAAGAAAAGGUUUUCCUUAAAGAACAGACAGAAAAUACAGAGGAAAGUACUUCUGGGCUUUCAGUGGGAACAGCUAAUUGUCAAAAGGACCUACUGGUGAUAAACUUUGAUCUGGAACCAGAGUGCCCCGAUGCGGAGCUGCGAGCCACCCUGCAGUGGAUAGCCGCUUCUGAACUUGGAAUUCCAACCAUCUAUUUUAAGAAAUCUCAGGAAAACAGAAUUGAAAAGUUUUCAGAUGUUGUGCAAUUAGUUCAACGGAAGUCCUGGAAAGUGGGGGAUAUCUUUCAUGCCGUGGUGCAGUACUGCAAGCUCAGUGAGGAAGGCCAAGUGGUGACACCAAGCCUGUUUGAUUGGCUUCUCGAACUGGGUUAAGAAAGUUCAACCUGUUCAGCAUUUUUGUUUUAUUCCAGUUUAAAUAAGCAGUGGUUUGUGUAAUGCUCUGAUUUCUGAAUGCCACUGAAUAAAAUGAGCAAAAAUAUACAAACUCUAGAGAAACAGCACAUGGCUGUUCCAGAACUGAAGAAGCUAAGUGAAACCAAGGUGUAUUGUAUCUUUCUGUAUCAUGAGGGGCUCGUGACAUAUUGUGUUAUAGGGUGUACUGUACCAGAAGGGGAUGGAUUAUUUUAGUAUUCUGAAUUAAUGGAAUAUACAGUAAAGGCUUAAUUAAAUGUCUAA